UGACAGCCUACCCUAAACUCAAAACCGUGGUCUAACACCUUUCCACCGUGGUAGCAGAGGAAGUGGUGUUUAUCCCUGCUUCCUGUGCUGUGUUUGGUUCUGUGUGGAAAGAUGGCGGAGCUACAGAUGCUGUUGGAAGAGGAGAUCCCGGCUGGACGGAGAGCCUUGCUCGACAGUUACACCAAUCUUGAAAGAGUCGCAGAUUAUUGCGAAAACAACUACAUACAGUCUGUAGAUAAACACAGAGCCCUAGAAGAAACCAAAAAUUACACAACCCAGUCUUUGGCGAGCGUUGCCUACCUGAUCAACACCUUAGCCAACAAUGUCCUCCAGAUGCUGGAUAUCCAGGCGUCCCAGCUGCGCCGCAUGGAGUCCUCUAUCAACCACAUCUCUCAGACUGUGGACAUCCACAAAGAGAAAGUGGCCAGGAGAGAGAUUGGCAUCCUGACGACCAACAAGAACACCUCAAGAACUCACAAAAUCAUUGCACCCGCCAACCCGGAGAGACCUGUGCGCUACAUCCGGAAGCCCAUCGAUUACACGAUGCUCGAUGACAUUGGCCAUGGAGUGAAGUGGUUGCUUAGAUUUAAGUGGAAGAAUACAGGUCCCUUCUACAGAAGAAAGGUCAGCACACAGAACAUGAAGAUGGGUGGUCUCCCGAGAACCACCCCACCCACCCAAAAACCUCCAAGCCCGCCAGUGUCAGGGAAAAGAACGAUCGGGCGGCACUCUCCUUACCGAACCCUAGAGCCUGUUCGUCCUCCUGUGGUUCCCAACGACUACGUGCCGAGUCCGACACGCAACAUGGUGCCCACUCAGCAACAGAGCCCAGUCCGAACUGCUUCUGUAAACCAGAGGAACCGCACAUACAGCAGCAGUGGGAGCAGUGCAGGCAGCCACCCGAGCAGCCGGAGCAGCAGUCGAGAGAACAGUGGGAGCGGCAGUGUAGGCAUCCCCAUCCCCAUCGCUGUGCCCACCCCCUCUCCACCCAGCGUCUAUCCAGCCCCUGCUGGCUCAGCUGGUACACCACCUGCCCCUGCUCCCCCCUCUGUGCCCCCCAACCCUCCCCCUCCUGCCCCUGCCCCCUCUCCCACCCCUCCCUUGGAGGUGGCUGCAGGUUCCCAGCAGUCUACUGCUGACUGCUUCACCUCUCCCCCUGCUGCUGUAACUACUCCUGCUCCAGUGACAGGUCAAACUCCCCAAUUCUACAGUAUGAAUAGACCGGUGUCCCGACAUGCUGCACCAACAACAGGGGGGUCUCUGCCCUACAGACGUCCUCCUUCAGUCAUGUCCCAGACCAACCUGCAGAACCACGUCAACGGAGGCCUCAAUUACAACCAGAGUCAAGCCUCCCUUGCUCCACCACCCCCCUCUAUCCUACAGAUCACUCCACAGCUCCCACUGAUGGGCUUCGUGGCGCGGGUUCAAGAGAACAUUUCAGACGCUCCCCCGCCCCCUCCCCCUGCGGACGACCCUGUGUUUGACGAGUCACCGCCCCCACCCCCUCCCCCAGAGGACUAUGAAGAGGAGGAGUCUGCGGUGGUGGAAUACAGUGACCCCUAUGCAGAGGAGGAUCCUCCAUGGGCUCCCAGGACCUACCAAGAAAAGGUUGUGGCGAUCUACGACUACUCGAGGGACAAGGAGGAUGAGCUGUCUUUCCAGGAGGGCUCCAUCAUCUACGUAAUCAAGAAGAAUGACGACGGCUGGUACGAAGGGGUCAUGAACGGCACAACGGGCCUCUUCCCUGGGAACUAUGUGGAGUCCAUCAUGCAUUACGCCGAAUGAGCCCGGCGCUGCCCCGGCAGUGUUACUUUGGACAAGGGAGGAACAGUGUGUGGGGAGGGGGAGGGGAGUCCUUAAAGAUCCGAAAGGCUUGAGGAGAUCCAAAGUAAUGCACGCACACUUUGGCAAAACAAACAAAAAAGAAAAUUGCAGAAUAAAAUGGAGGGUACUAUUGUAAUAAAACCACUGUCUUUUCUUUAUUGUACAAAGAAACGGAUUGAAGUGGCUUGAGACCAACUAAGAGGGCUGUUGAUAGGUUUUAUUUUUUGGUCAAGCAAGCUGACACACUUUACACCUGGAGACGGUGUGGUGGGGUGGGUGUGAGGGUUGACCGAUAUACACUAUUUUACUUUUUCAGAUUCUUAAAUUUAGACCAUUUGUAUGCGACAGUAUCCAGAUGGGAGAUCUUGAUAUAAAAGGGAUUGUAACCAUACUGGGUGACCGUUUCACUAGUGUGUUUUUUUGCUUUGGUUGCAUUGUAGGGAGUGAAUACUGUACACUACAAACAUUUGGCUUGAAAAUGCCUAAAGGAGUAAAGGAAGGAGCUGGCAUGUCUUUUCACUGCCAUUUGGUUAUGAGGAGUACUUUGUAGAUCGCAGCUGUGUUGAGCUUCAGUGAUGGUUUUCUUCUCUUCAGGUCUUGGGGUACGUAGUACAAGGUUAAGGGAGAUAUUUCACAUGUACAGAUUUCCAAAAAUAAGGUUAAAAUAUACACAUACUUGAAUGCUGAAGUUCCUAGAACAAUAGUGUUUGGUAAUUUUUUGCAAAUAGCCAUGUAAUAUGUUUUUAAUAUUAUAUUAGGCAGCCCAGCCAAGCAAGUGGAUAUGAAUCUCAUUUUUUAUAAGAUUUGUAAGGACCAGGAUAUCAAGUCACUGUUUUGGAAUUUUUUUUUUUUUCUUUGUCGUAUCAAAUUCCCACGCAGGUAUAAUGUUCACAUAACCAAUCGCCGCAUACUGUAGGUAAGAUUAGGUCUUGAGGUAGUGGAUGUGUGGAUGAAUGGAAGUCUUUGUACCAUGUUGGCUCGAUAGGCAUGGUGACAGUCAGACAUGAAUUAAACCACCGUGUUGACAUGAACGGAUCGGACUGUGUUUAUGCUCUGGGAGGUUAGAGGAGAGUACGAUGGACACUCCUUAAGAAACAAGGAUCAGGACUGAAAAGAUGGGAAGUUGCAUUGUUCAGAUCUGAGAGAUCUUGGCCAUUCUUCCUUGCUUGCGUUCUACUGAGUUUUGCUCUAGUCUAAAUUGUACCUAUUUUCAGGGAUACCUGAGAACAAUGUGUAAAAGAAGAUGAUGUUGAGCGAAUGGGAAAGAAAUACUAUUUUUAGUUAUGGGUUCCACCCCAAGCUAGUGAUUUUAGAGAAUAUUCAUAAUUGUAGUGGUCUUUAUUGCUAAAAUUGUUUAAUCUUUAUUAAUUUGCUUUACAGAAUUUGUUUUCCUAUAUAUCUGAACUGUGCUGAUAAUCUAUAUAUACAGUGGAACGUCGCAUAUCCGACCGUCACAUAACCGCACUGAUCAAUUAACCGCCUCACUAAAUAAAUAAAUAAAUAAAUAAAUAAAAAUAUUCUGCUACGAGAGUAACAGUAUUGGCAGCAAGUGCAGCGUCCGCAAUGGAAACAGAAAGAAAUAGUUACAGCAAUCAGCCUUUUGGUGCGUUCCCCUUUAAGAGAGACGGGCUGUGUGCGUGUGUCAGUCAGCUGUGUGUAGCAGUGACGUUUCAAUACACCAGUUGAGAAAACUUUAGUGUUUUACUUUUAUUUUUAUUUUUUUGUGCAAUGUGUUUAUAUGAUGGAGCGCAUGGUUGCAGAUAUUGGCAGCGUGUUAUUGUAGCUUUUAAAUGCAUUUGAUUUAAACAAAGCAAGAUUCAUAAACGCAAUGCUUACCGUCCGUUUGUUUAAAAUAGCCGAAGCAAUAUUUAAACCGAGCUUCUUAUCGGCUGUUGGCAAUAUCAAGAAAGAGCGCAAAGUACCAUGACAGAGAUAUUAAGAAAGCAGAACCAGGGAGGCAAGGACUUCUAGAGUUAAGAAAGAAGCCAUCAGUUGCAGGUUACUGUACAUUUACUGUUUUGUUUUGUAUUUUUUUUUUUAAAAGCUUUGCGUGGAGAUGGCUUAUAGUAAACUGCAUAGCAACACUGUGUAGCCAAAUUAAUCUUGUUUACGUUUGCUUACUUUUAAAGCAAAGAAUUUCCCUGUGUUUUAAAGCAGUUUGAGUGUUUUUGUUCACUAACCUCUUUAUGCAUGUGUAAAUGUCAUUUUCUAUAGAUGUUUGCAAAUCCGACUUUUUCACAUAUCCGCCUAUACCCCAGUCCACAGGGGGUCGGAUAUGCGGCGUUGUACUGUACAUGCAUCAGUCAACCCCCACGGUUUUAUGCAGUACUAAUUGUGUAGAUAUUUUUGAGUUUUAUGUGUUUAUCUUAUAUACUGAGCAUCAAAAGAAACUUACCACUAUUAUAACACAUUUAUUUUCGAAAAAAAAUAAGGUAUAUAAAUGAUGGACAAAAUGUUUUUGGUUUCUUUUUAAUCACUCGAUCAUUCAUCCUUGACCAUAACAUGCUUGUCUGAAGCAUAUGCACUUAAUCACCUAAUUAGUAAGAGUUGAUUGGACACCAGAUACGGAGUGAUUUCAGCUGUUGAAUUGCAAGCUUGAAUAAAAGCAAAAAAGAAAAUCACAGAAAAACACUGAUAUGCCACGUUUGUCAAGAGAGCAGCGCCUUCGUGCAAUCUGCAUGUUGGAGGCUGGACUAGGGCAGCGUACUGUGGCUCGCCGUCUUGGGUGCUCACAGCCAGCAAUUUCAAACCUGGCAAGAUGGUAUAACCAGACACACACUGUCAAUGACAGGCCAUGAACUGGGAGACAUGGGAGACGUGUGGCUUCUAGGGCUCGGAGACCACUGAACAGGCAGAUGCUUAUCCAGGCACUACAAGAGGAAUGGUCCAGGAUUCCACAAGACAACAUCUGAAACCUGGUGCAAAGCAUGCUUCACAGAUGUACUGCUUGUGUUGCUUUCAACGGUGCCACACACGCUACUAGCCUGUGACUUUCACAGCAUCCCCUGUCCACCCAUAACUUUUGACAGUAAAAUGUCAAUUGUUAAUCAGCACAAUAUAAAGUCACUGCACCUGCUCUAAAACAGAGUUUGUCAUUUUUCGAUCAGUGAAUUUGUUCCAAAUAUAAGUGAUAAGUUUCUUUUGAUGCUCAAUAUAUAUAAAAUCUAUUUUUUUUAUUAUGAUUUCUUUUGAAAGUUAGAAAGUUAUUGUGUACUGGAUCUGAACUACAGCCCAAUCUAAUUUGAAACCUUGUGUAUGUAGAGCUCUAUAGACUGCAUGCUAUAAUAAAGCAACAUUUGAAAUUCCUGCUUUACAUUUCACCCCCAAUAUUUUUUUUCUAGUUUUCUAAUUAAUUUUUCUGAUUUGAUUUGAAAGCCAAGAAGAAAAGACUUGGUGGGGUUGCUGGGGAUCUGUGCUGGUUCUUUCUUACUGGCAAACUGUUCUUUUCAAAGUCAGGAACAAAUGGAAACUGUAUUUUAAGUAACAUGUUUCUGAACCACACAAUUUAUAAAACAAAAAAUAAAACACAAACGUCUUACUGACUGAUGCUGUUGCUUUUAUCAUAGUCUGGAAUCUAAUAUAUUUUUGUUGCUGUUCGCACCAUCUUUCCUAUUGUAAUCAUAUGCUGUCCUUCAUGGAAAUUCCAGCAGUGACCAGCACUGGUUUUUGGCUGGUAGUGCUGGCUUUGUAGAUGUGGUCCUGGUUUAAACUGGUCCAAGAAAAAAAUAGGUUCAUUAAAAACCCUUUCCUGUAAAGUUCUAAAGACAACUGUUUGUUGUCUACUCUCUGAAAGCAACACAUUUGCUGUAAAACUUGUGGUUUUAUAUACCUGCUCAGUAAGUGGCUGGUACAAAUGUGUUCCAGUUUCCUUAGCUGGGCACCAGCAGUUGCUAGAAUGUUCAGCGGUUUGCUGGUUAUUGGUCCUUCAGCACUACCAAAAACUGCACCACGAAAACAAACAAAACCAACUGAACAUACACCAUUUCUGUUUAGCUUCAAGGGCAGCUGGAAUCACUAUGGUGAAAUCUAGUGGGAUGAUAUUAUUAUUAUUAUUAUUAUUAUUAUUAUUAUUAUUAUUAUUAGUAUUAUUAUUAGUAUUAUUAUUAUUCAUAUUAAUAUCAAUAUUAGUAUUAUUAUUAUUAAUAUUAAUAUGUUGAUACAGAAAGCACAGAGAAAUCUCACUUCUGAACACAAAAGUGGAGAGAAAUGUAGAUGUAUUUUUUUUUUGUAUCAUGAAAAUGGACAUUCAAAAGAUACCAAUGAUUUUGCAACAUGAAUAAAUAUGGAUGCUAUUGUAUGUAUACAUGACUGCAAAACAAAGGACCUCUCUUCUGAUGGGAAAUGGGGAAAUAGAGUGAUCUGUUUUAGAAAGCCAUGAUAUUAAAUGGAUCGUUGCAGUAUCCAGGACCUUGCAGGAAGUGCAAUAUUUAUUACAUGUAUCUAAUCUUUUUUCAGUGGGGUCUCUAUUUGUGACUCUUGCAUGCAGGUAUCUGUAUAGUGCACCUUAGGUUUUCUUAGCUGCAGCAAAUUGUCUAGAUUGACAGCAUGUGGCGAGCAUGGAGAAUGGGCCACAAGACAGGACAGCCUCCCCUGUUGCUGGAAAAUAAGAUGGUGAGGGUAACCCCUCCUGCACUAAAACAAGUAGCAACUUCCUACAUGACACAAACCAUUUCUCCUGUGUGUGUGGAUUUGGGUGGAUUAUGUGUGUCAUCAUAAUCUGUGGUUAAGGAAUUAAAAAAAAAAAAAAAAAAAAAAAAAAAAAA